AUGCCAAUAUAUCCGUAUAUCCGACCACUUUUUACCACUUUUUUUCAGAAAUCUAGACCUAUGGAUAAACUUUUGGAAAUUUAUAUUAAAUUCGUUGGAAAGGCGAAAAAUGAUCUUAAUGUGAAUUUGAAUGGAGUUAUCAAUUUUUUUGGCGUUACUCAAGAUCCACAAACAAGAGAAUUUAUGCUUGUCAUCGACUUUGUGCAAGAUGGAAAUUUACAUCAAUUUCUAUUGAAUUACAACGAGUUUAAUUCUAGAAGCAAAUUAUCAAUCCUGAAAGACAUUGCAGAGCAACUUUCGCAAAUCCAUAAGCAGCAAAUUAUUCAUAGAGACUUUCACAGUGGCAAUAUACUUAUUAACAAAGUUCGUGAUAAUUGGGUGACUGUAAACAUUAAUGAUUUUGGGAUAAGCCUUUAUGGUAUCAUUCCAUAUAUUGCACCAGAAGUAUUAAGAGGUGGGAAAUUGACCAUAGCAUCAGAUGUAUAUAGUUUUGGGAUGAUUAUGUGGGAAAUUACAAGUGGUCAAAGACCAUUUUCUGAUCGUAGUCAUGAUGUGCAUCUUAUCAAUGAUAUUUGUGACGGUAUUCGUCCACCGGUCAUUAAUGGUACAUCAAAACCAUAUAUUGAUUUGAUGAUGAAAUGUUGGGAAACUGAUCCAUCAAAGAGACCAGCUGCUGAUAUGGUUGCAAAAACUAUUCGUGAGAUGACUUGGGACGGUAAAACUGAGCUUCCUAAUAUUAAAGGCACAAAAAUUGCAGUCCAUCCAGAUGCUGUAUUUAAAA